UGGCUUUUGACCCUUUUGGCUUGCCAUACAGGAGCAACAGAGCAACGUGUUAGCCCUAUGUCAACACGCGUUCAGGACCGAAGCGACGCGAACCAAGCGAUUAGCGCCAAGCGAAUUUCGCUGGAGUUGAAAAAUCUGAACUUUUCUCUGCAUUCGUGUGGCAUCAACCAUUCAGGGCCUGGAUGUGGCUUAGACGAGGGAUAAAAAGGACCUCAGCGGAGACGAAGCUGUCUUGAUUGAAGAUGGUAGACAAGAUCAUAGUGGCGGUUUGCGGUAGGCCUGAGUUAUAUGACUCAACCAAUUAUUAUUAUCGAGACAAGUACAGAAAGGACCUUGCCUGGAGAGGAGUCAGUGAAGACACUGGAGUGGCAGAGGACGUGUGCCGCAAAAAAUGGAAGGGUUUGCGAGACACGUACCUGAGGGAGAGAAGGAAGGAGUUGGAGACCAGGAGGAGUGGAGCAGCAGCAGGUCCGGGGAAGAAGUGGAGGUUCUCAGCCGUCCUCUCAUUCCUAGAUCCUUUCGUCACUUUACGGCCCACCACCAGCAACAUGGGCCCGGUCGAGGAGACGGCUGAGGACCUACCUACACCAGACCAAGAGGAGACAGAAAAAACAAAUUGUGAUGACGCUGAGGACAGGUCCCCCCCACCUGAAACACCUGCUGCCUUAUCUGUCUCCGAGUCUCAAGUCCCUGGUCCUUCAUCCUCUGCUGCUGCGUCCACUCUCAUAGGAAGGAGGAGGAGAGUGCGACCCCGGGAUGAGCCAUCUAGUUUUGAGCGUGCGCUUCUGGAAGCCCUCCAGAAGCGGCCACCGCUGCCGCCACCUCCACCACCAACACCCCCGCAGGUCUUCUCCCCCAAUGAGCAUUUCCUCCUCAGUUUAGCUCCAUCCCUGGACAGACUGCCACCACAUGACCAAGAAUUACUCAAACUAAAAAUCAUGAAAGUCAUUGUUGACCAUAGCACAGUUGUGCUCAAUCUGGAACAUCUGGCUCCCCAAUAAUUUUUGUAAAUGUUUUUACAUAUGUGGCAGUUUCUUCAGGGAUGGCCCUAAUCUCUCCUUCCUUCUCCCCAUUGCCACUCCAUUACUCUUCUCUGUCCAAGGUCUCUCUGUCUACUUGUCUCCCACAUUGUGUUGAAUCAUACAACUCAGGCAGUCAUGCAAGUAGUUUGUUUAUUUAAUGCAAUAAAUUUUGUUUCUUGCAAACAUUGUAGCUCCUAUCAUUUCUGAAAUGCAUUCUACUCUUAAUGACAUUGAUAAAUACAUAAACAACACACAUUUUACACUAGGGCUUUUGGUCAAACUAAUAGUAUCAGAAAUAAUGAUUCAGCCAAGUUGGAGAUGCAAAGAUGCCUCUAAAUUUAAGUGAAAU